AUGGACUCCUCAAAUGGUAUCACCCCUUUGCCAGAGAAUGUGAACAAGCCGCCUGAGGGCUUGGUACUUCCUCCGAAAGAUAUUAGAGCAAUUGUCGAGAAGACCGCUGGCUACGUCUCUCGGAAUGGAUCAGUAUUUGAAGAUCGCGUCCGCGAGAAAGAAAAGAACAACCCGAAAUUCUCCUUCCUUAACCCUGACGAUGCCUAUGCGUCUUUCUAUCAAUGGCGCUUGUCUGAAAUCAGCGAAGGUCGAGGUACCACCGUCUCUGCAGGCCGAUCAGGAGAGACUGUCCCCAUCACAGAAGCCAAGACCCCCGAGGGACCCCCCGAACCGCCUACAUUCCAUUUCUCUGCCCGGAUGCCCAUCAGUCAUGCACAGGAUCUAGAAGUUGUGAAAAUCACUGCGCUAUUUGCCUCCAAACGUGGCAAAUCAUUUGUUACCGCACUUUCCCAGCGAGAGGCGCGGAAUCCCCAGUUUGAGUUCCUCCGGCCCGGUAAUAGCCUUCAUCAGUUUUUCACACGACUGGUUGACCAGUAUACAAUUCUCCUCCGAUCGGAAGGUAUCAGCGAGAGUACUACAGAGCAGAGACGCUCCACGGAGCUAGCAAAGAAUGCGAAAGGCAAACAUCACAUCUUGGAGCGGGCCAAGCAGCGCGCCGCCUGGGUCAAACACCAAGAGCAGCAGAAGCAAGAGAAGGAGGAUCAGGAGGAACAAGAGCGCAUAGAAUACGCUCAGAUCGACUGGCAUGAUUUUGUGGUUGUUGAGACGGUCAUGUUCACUGAGAGUGACGAGCAUGAGGAUCUACCGCCCCCGACCUCAUUGAAUGAUCUCCAAUCCGCAUCCCUGGAGCAAAAAGCCGCCAUGUCUCUAAAUCCUCUGCGCAUCGAAGAAGCCAUGCCCACCGAUCUCGAUACGCCCAUUUAUUACAAUGCUCAUCCUGCCCCAAUCGAGCCAGCUCUUGCGCCGCAGCCUUCUGUUACUUCACACAUUACCCCGGGCCAAGCCCCAUACCUACCACCCACCAUGGAUUACAAUUCCCAGUACCCAGUUGUUCCACCCGUUCAAGCUUCGCAAGCUAUUGUCGACUCAUCUGGGCUGGGAAUCCCGAGCAAGCCACCUAUGCGCAUCCGCUCCGACUACGUUCCACGAGCCCAAGCUCGUCGUCAGCAGGGUGCCACCGCGAUUUGCCCCAAUUGCCACCAACAGAUUCCCGUCACAGAGCUGGAUGAACAUGUACGCAUCGAAUUGCUUGAUCCACGCUGGAAAGAACAACGCGCCAAGGCCGAUGCUCGCAGUGCCACGACCAAUCUGUCCACUGUCGACGUUGUCAACAAUCUCAAGCGUCUAGCUAGUCAGCGCAGCGACGUUUUCGACUCUUCUCCCGUAUCUGGCAUACAAUCCGAAGAAGAGGAUCGCCGUAAACGCUUGGCCAUGGGGGCAGUUCCACCAGCAGAUGGUCCGCAACCUCCCGGGGUGGCAGUUCCUUCAGGCGUGCACAAUCCCCAAAAUAUGAACAUUGAGGACCAGAUCCGGCAUAUCCACCAACGAGCCCGGCAAUAA